AUGGCUACUAUGGCGGCCAGAGAGGCCGUCCGAGGGACUGAACAACUUCUACGACAAACGGCCGAUGCCCUCAGGGGGUUACAAGGUAGUCUACUUUAAUGUCAAGAUUUGUUCAAUUUUUGACGCGUGAAGAUAAAAUGAUUGCAACAAUCUCUAAUUACGACAUUUCCAGGUCAAUCCAACCCCUACCUCCAACGGAAUACUCAGAAUAUUCAAAAUGCCCGAGGCGGUAAUGUCCGAAUAAUUGUCGAUGGCAACGUGGUUUAUGAUGGCCCAGCAAACGGAAGAUACGACAUGUACACUCGAAAUGGCAAGCAUAUCGAGAUUUAUUACUAA